AUGGACACAUCCUUCUGCUCUCCCCUGCAGCUCCAGGACGACUACUUUAUGUUCGAGUCUCUGCUGGACAAGUCCCUGGCCCCUGACUGGGCCUCCGACCCGGGCUAUUGCAGCGGCGGCAGCAGCCUGUCUCCCACCUCCUCCGUGGACUCCUUCUGCUUCUCCCCGGCCUCCCUGCAGCUGGCGGGACACCAACAAGACGCCUUGGAUAGUUUCCUGUUCCCCAGCCCGGCGGAGCCUCAGGCGGCCUGCCAGAACCAGAACCAGAACGAGACUCCCCUCUGCCCCGAGUUGUCCCCUGCAGCCACGGCCACCACGGCCACCGCCAGGAAGUCCCGGUCCCGGUACCCGGGGAAGAAGCGUCAGACGGCCAGCGAGAGGGAGAAGCUGAGGAUGAGGGAUCUGACCAAAUCCAUGCACCACCUGCGCUCGUACCUGCCGCCCUCGGUGGCGCCGGCCGGCCAGAGCCUGACCAAGAUCGAGACGCUGCGCCUCACCAUCCGCUACAUCUCCUACCUGUCGGCCCAGCUGGGGCUGAGCGACGAGGCGCUGGAGCAGAGGAAGCAGGUCCAGACCCCCGGACAUCUCCCGCCUCAGCCGGAAGCCCCCUACGCCCCGCAGACGUCCAGCUACGCCCCGCAGACGUCCGGCUGCUACUCCCCGCAGACAUCCGGCUGCUACGCCCCGCAGACGUCCGGCUGCUACUCCCCGCAGACGCUCGGCUGCUACUCCCCGCAGACGCCCGGCUGCUACGCCCCGCAGACGUCCAGCAUGGAGCACUUACCGUCUCUGCAGCAUCCAUAUCAGAUGUCUGCAGGACUUUGCCUCAGCAGCGAGCCUGAGCAGAGCUGGACGCCCCAGCAGCAAACACACACCUUCACCUUCCCUGGACGCUGUUGA